AUGCUGAAGGCACUGUCUCAACAGACCCCUAGUAGCAACACCCUGUUAAAUGUGGGUAUCCGGAGGCUACAAGGUGGAGUGGUGCCCAAGAAUUUAUUGUUAGAGCCUCUGAACUUCCUGUCGAAGGAGAAUGAAGAGCUGCAGGCUCUUAUCAAGAAACAGACGAAUGAGAUCUCUAAAACUGAGGAAAGGUCUCGGCAGCUCUCUGCUCAGAUCUCUGCUCAGUUUGAAGAGAUGCACCAGUUUCUGAGGAAAAAGGAGGAAGAAGUGAAGAAAAUGCUGGAGAAAGAAGAGAAGGAUAUGAUAGAAAAGAUGAAAAGAAACAGGGCAGAAACAGAAGAGAAGAUGAAUGACGGAAGAGAGAAGGAAGGGAUUCUACGCUCAGUCUUUGAGACUGAUCAGCCAGAUGGGUUUCUGCAGUGGUGGACUGAGAAAGGGCUGGAAUUUGUCGAAGAGAUGAAAGAAAAAGAAAGCUGCUGUGAAAAUAAUGACAUUGCUUCUCAAACAACCAAGUUCAAAUCAGCAGUGAAAAGCGUGAAUUUGACACCUAAUUCUCUGUUCCUUGGCCUCCAUGAGACUCACUUGCAGUUUAUUGUAUGGAAGGAGAUGCUGGGCUUUAUUAAACAAGUCCCGGAUCGUAAUGUCAUUCAUGACUGUCAUGAUCCAUACCUGAGGGUCUCCUCUGAUGGACGCAGCGUCAUCCGCACAUCCAAAAAGGGGAUUUUCUUACGCCACAAAGACUACAGGCCUCUGGCCCGGACCCACAAGACCUUCCAGUCAGGACAGCACUACUGGGAGGUGGAUGUAGGAGCAAAGAUAGACUGGAGUGUAGGCUUCGGUGGUGGGUGUAUAAGCAACUUAAACAAGGACAUUGGGCUCCACCUUAAGCAUGAGCAAGGCUACUACAUCAAAGAGUAUGAGACAGUGACAGAGAUAGAUCUGACAAUGAAACCACGCAGGAUAGGGCUGUACCUGGACUGCGACAGGUGUCAGGUGUGCUUCUAUAAUGCGGAUGACAUGACUCUGCUGCACACCUCCACAUACCCUUCAUCCAUCCCUUACUCCCUCAGCCUCUCUCCAGGAGCUUAUCUGGCAGGGAAGAAUGCUGAUCCGCUCACAGUCACCUGGAACUGAUCCAUCUGGGAAAUAAUUGGACACUUUAGUAAGAUGGUUGUAAGAACUGGUCCAUUUAUGGUUUUUGAGGUGAUAUAAUAGUGCUUGAGAGAAAAUGUAUUGGCUGGUGUAUUUGCUUGCUCAGUUUGUUAGUGGGUGGUUUGCUUUACUUUUUAAAAAGUAUUUGUGACAGGCACUUUAAGCACUAAAUUCUGAGAACACAAAAGAUCACAAGAUUUUUUUGUCGUCCUUUUAGAGCCAUUUCUAAAACAUUAGAAAAAAAUAAUUCUUUGGUGAGCCAUAAUUAUAACAUAA